AUGGAGCAAACGACGGUGGCUAGCGGCGGUGGCAAUCCCGAGAAGCUGACGGCUAAUGGGAAGGAGCGUGCGGUUAUUACGAAAGUGGGGAAGCGUUCGGAUUUGGGUUGGGAAAGCCGUGGAUGGAAGUUCACUCAAGAGGAGCUCGCGAACCCGCCCUCGCUCAGGGACAACAUGAACGAUAGCGAGGAGAAGGAGUACCGAAGAAAGGCACACACAUUCAUCUAUGACUGCUGCCAGGUUCUCCGAGCAAAGGCGCUUGUGAUUGCUGCCGCGAUGACCAUCUCCCAGCGGUAUUUUUCUCAAGUCUCCUUCAGGAAGAUCGACCGGAGUGACACUGCUGCGGCGGCUAUCUUCUUGGCCUCCAAGGUUGAAGAGUUUCGCGUUCACAUCAAGGAUGUGAUGAUGGUGACCCACAGAGUUAGGCACAAGAACGAGCGCAGGCUCGUAGAAAAUUCCGAUGAGUACAACAGGUACAAAGACCGCCUGUUGAAAGCGGAGAACCAGCUGGUGAACGCUUUGGGGUUCGACUUCAUGAUCGAGCACCCCUUCGGUCACUCCAACGACCUAGUGGCCUACCUUUGUGAAGAGGGCUGGGUGCCGGCAGACAAGUCGGCACUGAUCUCCAAGGGCUCUCACCAUCUGUUGAUCAAGAGCUUGAGGGGGACAUUGUGCCUCGAGUACCCGCCGACUUUCCGCGCGAGGCUGGUGACGUACCUGUCCCUGCUUGUCAACAACAUCUCGCCACCGCCGGGCGGCUGGGCUGAGAUGAUCGAGUUCGAGGACCACCGCCGACUCAACAGAGCGGCAUGCCAACUACUGGAAACGCUGGACGAUGACUCCGGCAAGACCGGCAAGAAAAUCACCAAGAAGCGUGUUGCCGCCGCCCUGGUUGAAGCGGGCCACAUUAAGAAUAAGAACGCCCCGAACCGAGUCCCGCGCCAGCCCACAGGGCUGACUUACGCCGACCGGGAUCGGAUGGCGGCACGGUCUUCGUCUGUCCAAUCACCCCACGGGUUGAAGCGGGGGAUGGGGGGAGGAGACCUGAACGGCACUGCCGUCGCGUCACGCAGUGGAUCGUCAUUUCACGACAGGUCUUCAUCGACCGGUCAACCGCGCCCGAGGCCACCCAGCGGCCCAUCUCUUGCCAGUGUCCACUCGGAGUCGGGCAAGAGGCGGCGUACGGAAGAUGCAACGAGCAACGGGAACGCGUCAAGACCUCGCCCACCGCCACCACCACCGCGGACGCCUAGGCCCCCGAGUACUCCCAAGCCAGCAGGCACACCCAAGCCCCCAAGCACUCCCAAGCCCCCAAGUACUCCCAAGCCCCGACCGCCUUCUACAGCCAAGCCCAGACCUCCUUCCACCCACGGCCAGCUGCCCAGCAGCAACUUCAAGCCACGCCCACCCUCAACUCCAAAGCCGAGACCGCCGUCCACUCCAAAGCCCCUCUCCACGAAUGGCCAGCCGCAUAACAGCAGCAGCUGCAGCAGCAGCAGCAGCAGCUCCAAGCCCAGACCGCGGCCACCACCCCCGCGCCUGCCGACCACCCCUUCUGCCGCGAAUGCGUACACGGACUCCGGUAGCAGGCAUUCGGCGACGCCCUUGUCGUCGUCGGUCCCUCCACACCCUCCCAAGCCCCACUCGAGUACCCCCAACGGAAGCAUUAGCAGUGCUGCAAUGCCGCUGCAGAAGAGCACCGAGGCGAGGCCACCUAGGUUGUCGGACGGCAGGGUUGGUAUCACCAGCGGCUCUCCUCCGAAUGGGAAGGCCGGAGCCAGUAGCGCACAGGGGGUGUCCACGGGCGGGGGGGAGGAAGGAAAAGGCAAGAGGUUGCGUGACGCAGGGAUAGGGGAUAAGUCAUCUGCUGACCCCGGCAGCGGGGGCAAGAGAUCGAGACUGGGCGGCAGCGGGCAAGGGGCAGAGUCUUCUGGUAGUGCGUCGACGGUGGCUUCCGCUGCCGUUAAUGCGAUAGAAAGCGGGGAGGUAGAGGACGGGGAGAUACCGAUCAACGCGGUGCCGGUGCUGAGGGCGUGAGCCCUCAUCGAGUACGAUGUGUGUUGGAGAGGUCAGGCUCUGGAGAAGGAAGGGGCAAGGGUUGCGAAAUAUCUGUCCCCCGUAAGAGGGAGGAUGGUUUUUUUUAUACCACUUCAUGUGGUGGGUUCAGGCAAAAUCUCCGAAUGAACACCAGCAGCAGUAGUACGCACUGUGGUCGUUUGCGGUUGGAGGGUGACGGUGUGAUUUGACCCCGUUUUUCGAGGGGGUAGUUGUUUGUUUGCUUACUCUGGACUCGGUAUGAGGGGCUUUUUGCGUUGUUUUGCCUUCCUGCUGUACCACAGAAGAAUGGGCAUAUAUUUCAAGUGCUGUGAUGCCUCCCAUACACAGCCUAGUUGAUGUCCUUGCGGUUUUGGGAUUGACUGCAGGUAGGUCUGCGGUUCAAGCAAGAAGGUUCAGUUAUUUCAUUCCUGCCCCCAGUAAGGGCAUUUCAUGUUGGCCAUGGAGUGUGUGUUCGUUGCGACUCUAAUUCCACGAGUGCAGACGUCCGCGAUGGAGACAUGAAGAGAUUAGACUUGUAAAAUAUUUAAUGCCUUGUGCACGCACGUUUCGUGUAGAGCGGUAGGUGAUCUUGUGUUUCCGUGUUGCUACCUAGUGCCCGUGAGUUUGUAGCGCGCUGAAUUCCCGAUAUUCUCCACCCCAGAAACGUCGGUCUUGGAACGGGUUUUCGGAGGUUUGAGUUGUGCGUAUAGAUGAAAAAUGAAGAAAAAACGUUGGUAUGUGAGCUUAUACGGACAUGGAAAAACGCAAGGUCGGUAGGUAGUGGGCGGCCCAGAGAAAGUGACGGGAAUGCUGCGCCAUGUCUCCUUAGGUUUGCCGGGCUGUACCAUUAGGAAAAUGUGCAUGUUCUUGACGGGUUCGACGGAAGACAUUGCAAACAGGGUAAGGGACAUAACACGGUACGCACGCGGCAUAGCAGAAUGCUGCUGCUACUUCUGCCACUUGUGUUUUCCACAUGCUGGAUGGGUGAUUUGCUGAAAGGAAAUGGACAAGAGAUGAGCGUUUAUUUUG